AAUCUUCACUUGCCUCAUAGCAACCAGUACCUACCGCAUCGCAUUCAGCCAACUACACCUAGCAACUAAGCUAUCUUCCACCCUCAAUCCACAAUCACAACGACAAUGUUUGCUCGAUCAUUUCUUCGAACCACCGCUACCACUAUGCCUAUGGCUCGUACCUUGAUGGCCAGGAAGAUCACCACUGCUGCUCCGGCCCAAGUUGGACCUAUUCAAGCCUUUUUCCGUGAUGUCCCUGUUCCCGUUGAUGCCUACCCCUUAAUUGGUAUCGUCGUAGUCAUGUGCUCUGGAGCCACCUACAUGCUCAGCAAGCACAUUUACGAAGACCGUGACCAUCUUCGAUGGGCCCCUCAACGGGGAGGUGUCAAAUUUAUUGUACCUCAGUAAUCAACGAGUUUUUAAGCCAUAUAUCAAGUCUUCGGUCUUUCUCAUCAGUUGUAUUAGGUGACAUUUUAGGUUGUAUAAUCAUGUGUUUUUGGCGC